AUGCGAAAGCUCUCCCCGCCUCUGAAGUCCGUCCCCCCCACGACCCUGCAUCCCUUUACCACUGACAGCCAGCCGAGCGAAGAAGUCUCCUGCGGGGUGGUGGUGGGGGGGGAGGGUGAGGAGGAAGACUUCCGAACCAGCCGCCUGCCGGACCGACGUGGACUGCCCGGGAGCUCGGUGCUGCUGCCGCUGCUGGUGGGAGGACGCUCCCAGCUCACUGCUGAGCGCGGCGGCGGCGGCUGUCCGGGGCGCUGGAUGCGCGGGGGGACGAUGGCGAUGGCGCUGUCGCCGCGCGCCGAGCAGCCUGGACUGUGGGGCGCGCUGCUGCCGGGACUGCUGCUGGUGGCUGCGGCGCUGAGCCGGCCCGCCGCGCCCUGCCCCUUCCAGUGCUACUGCUUCGGCAGCCCGCGGCUGCUGUUGCGCUGCGCUUCGGGCGCCGAGCUCCGGCAGCCGCCGCGGGACGUGCCGGCCGACGCGCGCAACCUCACCAUCGUGGGAGCCAACCUGACGGUGCUGCGCGCGGCCGCCUUCGCGGGCGGGGACGCGGAGGAGCAGGAGGCGGCGGCGGCGGCGGUGGGCGUGCGCCUGCCGCUGCUCACGGCGCUGCGCCUCACGCACAACAACAUCGAGGUGGUGGAGGACGGCGCCUUCGACGGGCUGCCCAGCCUGGCGGCGCUCGACCUGAGUCACAACCCGCUGCGCGCGCUGGGCGCGGGCGCUUUCCGCGGCUUGCCGUCGCUGCGCUCGCUGCGCCUCCACCACGCGCUCGGCCGCGGCGGCGCCGCCCUGCUGCACUCGCUGGACGCCGCGCUCGCGCCCUUGACCGAGCUGCGUCUGCUGGACCUGGCCGGCAACGCCCUGAGCCGUCUGCCGCCCGCCGCCCUGCGCCUGCCGCGCCUCGAGCGCUUGGACGCGCACCUCAACGCCUUGGCCGGCCUGCACCCCGACGAGCUGCGCGCGCUCGAGCGCCAUGGCGCCGGCGACCCGCCCGCGCCGCGCCUCCUGCUGGCCGAAAACCCGCUGCGCUGCGGCUGCGCCGCGCGCCCCCUGCUGGCCUGGCUGCGCAACGACACCGAGCGCGUCCCCGACGCGCGCCGGCUGCGCUGCGCCGCGCCGCGCGCGCUGCUCCACACGCCUCUGCUGGACGUGGACGAGACGCGGCUGCGGUGCGACGCGGGCGACGGGCGAGGGGACGAGGCGGACGUCGCGGGCCCGGAGCUGGAAGCCUCUUACGUCUUCUUCGGCCUGGUACUGGCGCUCAUCGGCCUCAUCUUCCUCAUGGUGCUCUACCUAAACCGCCGCGGCAUCCAGCGCUGGAUGCGCAACUUGCGCGAGGCGUGCCGGGACCAGAUGGAGGGCUACCACUACCGCUAUGAGCAGGACGCCGACCCUCGCCGUGCGCCCGCCCCGGCCGCCCCAGCUGGUUCCCGUGCCACCUCGCCAGGCUCGGGCCUCUAAAGCUUCGCCUUCCAGCUGGAUGACCUUACUGGGGUCCCCCCGUGCACACACACACCCCCGUCCCCGCCGGGCCUGAGCUGUGCAGAUGAGACACCCAUGAACUUGGGAGUUCGGACACCUUGGGAUUGCAGCAUCCCUCUCUCUCACUUAGGAUGCUACCCUUUAUUCCCACCCCUAGCCUGAGAACUCAAAGACCCAGAGACGCCCCCCCCCCCCAUCUGAUUCCAGAAACCACUCCUGCACACCUCCGCCUCUGGCCGGUCCUUACCAAGCCACUGAUAGUCCCCCCACCCUCCCCAACACCCCACUGUCUGCGCUCACCCACAGACCGCCUCUACCACUCUGUGCUUUGAGCUUAAUGCCCUGGCUAGACUGCACUGGCCCCAGCUUGGAGACUUCAGCAAUGCUUAGUUAGGGGGCUGUCGCAUCCUGUUCUGGCAUCCUGAGGAUUCUGUGGACUCUGAACCCUCCAUCCUCCAUGGACACCCACAUCCUGGAGCUCUGUGGCUUGGGUGUCCUCCCCUAGUCAAAGUAUGCCAGCUCUGGCUCAUACGCCCUCCCUUCCUUGGCUCUGGCAUGGGACUCAAGCCUCCCGAUCCGUGUCUCCCAUCCAAGGGACAAGCCUUAGUUUGAAGUCCGUCUUCAACCUUUCCCACCGGGCUCUGAAGCCCCCACACUCAGUGCUUUUCCCCAACCUCAUACUCAGCUCUUUACCCCCCGGGGACCAGUUUCAUGCCCCUGCCCAAGCCAUAGGCUCUCAAUUGGUGUGGCAUCCAUAACCGUCACUUACGGUCAGGGUCCUGGUGAGGAGCCCAUCCCUGGGUAGUGCCACCCCCUCCCCUCCCAGGAGGAGCUAUCCAUUCCUGCAGGGCCAGGGCAGGGGCCAGGCAGCCCAUUACAUACAAGCAGAUUGUCAUGAAAAAGAAGGCAUGUGCGCAAAGAGAAUGGCAGGGAGCAGAAGAGGCACUGGCCUGCAGAGUAGGAGCUGCUACCCUCCAUUUCCUCUGUCCUCUCUCCCCCCCCCCCCCCCCACUUUUUGCUCCUUCCCUAAGGACUCCUUGCCACCUCUAUGCCUUCGGGAGGAGGAUGAGGAUUGGGUCUGGCCUCCUGCCUCGGGGGCGGCACAAGCCCUCCUGAUCAGGGCCACAGCCGCAGCGCCCUGCCGUCUGCAUGAUCCCAAAGCACAAUGGUGAGUGGGGAGGGGCUGCCCCUCCCUGCCUCCCACCCCCUAGGUCAGGCAGAAUGGCUGGCCUGUGCUGCCCCAACACAGGUCGUCUCCCUCCUUCCCUGUAUAGGCUUGAGGCCUGCCUUCCCGCCCUCAUCCGAGAAAGCUGGACCUCCCCUUGGGCCAUUUUCUAUAAAGUCUGCAAUGACCUCCGAAAGCCUGCUUGCUCUCUGCUAAGUGGUGCUGUGUCCUUCCUCUUGACUUUGAUGGGGGAGGGCUGUGAGGUGACUGGGAUUUGGGGUAACAACCCUUAGGCGUUCUCUGGGGAUGCGGGAGUUGAAAUGGGCUCUGAAUGCGUAUCUAUCGCAGGGUGGAGGCUAGAAGGAUGAAGGAAUUUCCCAUCGGGAUAGCGUCGCCUGCUCUUCACAAUGCGAGAUGCAGUUAUCGACGGUCAGGAUGGGAUCCUGCGCCUCCUGUUCCUAUUGUUUGGAGUGGAAGGAAAUUUAGACUGACAAUCCUAGCUGCAGAUGAGCCCCUGGGAGAGUCCAGCUAUAGAGGAGAGGCAGAACACUUGCUCUGGGAUAGUCACUCUAACCUUCCCUAAUGUCCUCCUGGCUAGAGGUUUGGACCAGUUAAGGAGUGUCAGCAUAAAAGUGGGGUGAUAGGUGCAGUCAGGGUACAGGUGGGGACCCAGACCAGAGGUCCCCUGCAGAUUGGGUCACUGCAUUCAGAGUCUCGGCCCUAGAACUUUGGGGCAGAAGUCUAGACUUCUGGCAUAUGUUUUUGGAAACUUGGAGCCAUGUGCCUAGAGAAUACAUGGCUUCGAAACACUGAAAAAGAUGUCCAGUGCCGAGGG